UCCAUCACCCUGAGCGCAGACACACAGGGGCGAUCCUGCAGUGCAGCUGCUGUGGAUCCACGCCUGGAGCAGGCACAGCAGCCUCGGGGAGCCGUGGCAAGUUCAGGAGAGCAUGGCUCUGACCCAGCCCGGAGCGGCUGAACCCCGCACCAGCAUUUGCAUUCAAAUACGGGGGUGUGAUGAACCCAUCCAGAUCACAGCACCGCCCUUCUCCCCGGCGGUGCCUGGCCUAGUCCUGCCCCGAGCUGAAGCAAGGUCAGCACCUUCUCCCACCAGCCUGCUUUUGGAGACCUGCCCGGAUUCAAGGGGAAUGAAGGACAGCUUCCGUGUCUCAAGUGACUCUUGCCCAGGAAAAAAAGCAUGAGGAGAAGGUCUGGGAUCCUGACAGAGAGAAGGACGAGCCUAAGGCAGACAUGGGGAGCAAAACCUGGGCAGACCUGGCUGGGGAGAUGAAGAUAUUCUUGUGGAACCCGGAGGAGAGGACAUGCUUGGGGAGAACAGCCAAGAGCUGGGGCUUGAUCUUACUGUUUUACUUCAUUUUCUACACGUGCCUGGCGGGAAUGUUUGCCUUUUGCCUGUAUGUGAUGCUACUCACGCUGAGCCCCUACACGCCCAGGUUCCGGGACAGAGUGUCUCCGCCAGGGGUGAUGAUCAGACCGUACUUGAAUGGGUUCACCAUCGCCUUCAACGUCUCCCAGCCCAACACGUGGCAGCCCUACGUGGACAGCAUGCACCACUUCCUAGCAGCUUAUGAUGACAAAGUUCAGGAGGAGAAGAAUAUUGAGUGUGUCCCAGGACAGUACUUCAUCCAAGGGGGAAAUGACAAUGAGGAGAAGAAGGCCUGCCAGUUCAAGCGCUCACUGCUGCAGAACUGCUCUGGCAUUGAGGACCCAACAUUUGGCUACUCGAAAGGCCAGCCCUGCAUCCUGCUGAAGAUGAACCGGAUCAUAGGCUACCGCCCUGGUGCUGGGGUCCCUGUGAGUGUGGACUGCAAGGUGCAGAAAGGCAAUGAGAGUCACCUCAGGUCAGUGGACUUCUACCCUGGGAACGGGACAUUUGACCUCAUGUAUUAUCCCUACUAUGGCAAGUUCACCCAUGUCAACUACACCUCCCCACUGGUGGCUAUGCACUUUACAGAUGUGCAGAAGAAUCACUUGGUGCCCAUUCAGUGCCGUCUGAAUGGGAAAGGAAUUAUCAAUGACCUGAACACUGACCGCUUCCUGGGCCGAAUCAUCUUCACACUCAAUAUUGGGAAGUAGCUCCUACCCACACCAGGCACUUAGAUUAAGUCAAUCAGAGGCUUUUUCCUUUGCAAAGCAUCAAGCCAGCAUUUUCUUUUCUGCUAGGAGAAACGGGCACAUGGAGAUUAUUGUUAAUUUAUUUUUAUUCAGAGUUAGGAAACCAAUGAGAUAUAAUGGAGCGUGGAUCCACAUUUUUCAUCCUCUGAUGUAAAUCAUUAUUAGCAAAAAUUAAAAGUUUUCCCCUGGGGAGAGAACCUGCAAAAGAUUCCACUUCUAAUUGAAAAAAACUUCUGGUAUACAAUUGCUAUUGUCAUAAGGUCUUUUAUGAGUGAUCCCUGUGGAAUCCAUAUUUUCUGGCUUUAAAUUUUAUUUUUAGUGUAGUUUUAUGUGCAUUUCUCAGGCAAAAGCUAGAAAGGAGGUAGUUUUAUCAGCACUAUUCUUGUUAAAAUAAUAAACAGCAAAAGUUCUGGAUUAUGCCUGCAAUAACAGUUGGAAGGUGAAAAUGGCAGCUCUCAAAAUACUUUCUAGGAUCUCCAGCCCCAGAAGCAUCUUAACUGCAGCAUUUUACACAGCUUGUUCAGCACACCCAAGGUGCUGAGCGAGGGCCACAGAAAAUCAUUUGCCCUUGAAUCCUUCCAGCUGUUCCUUUCUAAAAUGGGAAGAUUAAUGCAUUUCUCCAUCUCUCUUCCCCACUCCAGAACUUCUCUCUGCCUCAGGAAUCUCACCCAGUCUCUUGGACAGGGAUGAGUGAGAGGAGCUCUUCUCUCCUGUCACGGCUCACAGGUUGGCAGUGCCUCCUGAAGUGCCCAAAGCUUUCAGACCUGUCCUUCCCCGUUCCAGAGAGGUCACAGCUAUAAUGCUGCAGCAAAAUGCAGGGAAAUGCUCAGUCCUUUCAUGGCUAAGGGGUCAGAGUUGGGGUGAGUGAAGGCACCAGUUUAUCACCCCCAAAGGGUGAUGAAACACAGAGUGUGCUGCCCUGAGCAGCCCAAGCCUCCCUGGGACGUGACAGAGACCAGCUGCACUCUGCUUGUUGGGAGCUGUGAGAACACAGCAGGACAGGACACCUUGGGGAUAAUGUACUACUUGGAAAGCACACUUACUAAAAUUACUGACUGAACAGGGGCAUUAUGGUAUGUUUGUCCUACAUCCAUAGCCAAGGAACUUUAUCUGCUGUCAUUUCCUGAUCUGUAUCAGUCUCUAUGAAGUGAUUUUUUGUAUUUAAAAUAAAGUGACUACAGUAAAAUUAACUCUAUGGUGGCAUUCCUGAAACAUCAAUGUUAAGAGAUGCAGUUUUUGCUGCCAGUUAGGGACCGAAUUUCCAAGCAGCAUGUAACAUCCUGGAAUUCUGAGUACUUUACAAACUUCCCCGGACCAAAGAGUUCAGGAGCCCAGUACUCACUCUUCACCAAUCAUCACAACCAACCAUCUGGUAAAAAUUAUUUAUUAAGAACUGUUAAAUACCUGAACCAGAGGUAGUUUAGGAACUAAUUCUGAUCAGUCAUUAUCCGGAGGGCAGAGAUAGACCCAGGGCAACAUAUUCAUUCUGCCUGCACAAAUUAUCUGCAAGGGCAUCUUCUGACCAACAGCAACUGGCUUCUGCCAAGGAGGAUGCUGUUGGGGAAGUAGCUCUUAUUUUGACAUCAGAACUAAGUUAAACCCACAAGCAUUUCCCAUUUGCCAACUGCUUUAUCUCUUUAAAAGCAUUUGAAUUUGUGGGGUCUUGAAAGGAAACCAAACUCAUGUUUCAUGCUAUCAAAUUAACAGCCUUCACACUAGCAACAAGAUAAAACUUUACUAUCUACUCCCUACUGGAAAGAUUCUGUUGGAAGAGCAGGUCCUUUAGCAGAUGUUGGACCCAUGCUUUGACCAAAUCAACACAAAAAUAAUUGAUUUGGAUGUAAAUCAUUGAAUAGCUUAGAAGUAAAAGCUUCUGUUUCCCCACAGAUAGUGAGAUCCAAGCACAUUGACAAUCCCACUGGAAAAGCUCUCAGAAAUGGCAUUCGUGUCUACUUAGACAGAAACAAAGCUUUAUAAACAUGAUAAUUAACUUUAUUUUCCAUAUACAUAUUCUGCUGUCAGCAUAUUUGUACAGUCAUUUUAAGAUCUGGAAAAUUGUACACACCACUCCUCAUGCUGCAACAACCUUAAAGUGCUGGAUCAAUUUUUUGACUUCUGUUGAAGCUCAAAAUAAUACUUUCUAUGUAUAUACAAAGUAUGUGUAUGUGUUUGCAUCUAGGAAAUGACCACAUUUCACUAAGAUAGCCUAGCAAAAGUGAUAUUAAAACCUUCCGUAUGCAAUCUCAGCAUGAAAGCAUAGCUGUCAUCCAUCUGCUGGCAGCAGAGAAGCACCACACUGACUAAGUGGGUGUACUCAUAAAAUGCCACCUAAAAUAAUUCCAUUUAACACUGGCAGGGAAAUCAAGUAUUGCAAGAGCAAAGGUACAAUACAAGAGACCAAGACAACCAAACCUAAAGCACACAGUCCACCUCAGCAGCAUUUAAUUACAUUCCUAAAAAAAAAAAAAAAAAUAAGACAACUUGGUCCAAGAGCCCAUUCGUACUACGGAAUCACUUUUGUCAGAAUCAGGCAGAGUGUACCUUUGAUCACUGUGAGGACAAGAACAAUUGAAUGUACAAGUAUUUCUCAAACAUUAAAACUAAGUCUUUGGAAAACUCCCUUCCUUAAUACACAGCUAUUGAGAGUUGCCUGAACACCAGUGUUGACUGUCACCUUUGUGUAUGUGAAUUACUGAAGGUGCUUUCCCCACAACAAGAAUACAGGGUCAAUGCACAAAGCGAUUAAAUAUUGAAGCAGCUUUAGUAAACACUUGCUGCAGAGGACAGAACUUUGUGUACCCUUUUUGCAGGGUUUAUUGGCUGCAAAAGGCUUUUGCCAAGAUGGACAAAAAAGGUUUAAAGAGCAAGAGGCUUCUUUCAUUCCAUCAACAUGACCCUGAUGGGAGUGAAGCAGAACACUACCACAAACUACUAAAUUUGAUUUUGGUGCAGUUUAGAUAUGGAACAUAGAAUUGCAAAGGUAUGGCACCAACAACAAAGCAUCGUCAAACAGGUAAGAUGUCUUAUUCCUUUGGAAGUCACUUUCUUCACUAUACAUAUAUUCAUUUCUGCUUUAUAAUCAGCAUUCCUUAUGCUAGAAAUUUUGUGCUCUUACACGGAGACAGCAAUAACGAGGAGGUUAAAAGCAGAUUAAUUCUAUCAAACCGGAAAGGUUUUGUAUCUCCACUUGCAUUCAGAGAUCACAGCUUUUCAGUGAUGCCCUGUUAACCUAUGAAAGCUGUGCAAGGCAACUGCAGGAAUCUCUGAGCAAUCUGUGUUCUUAGUUAGCCUGAGUGCUCUCAAAAUACUUUUGAGCCUCACAUGGACAAACGCUGUGUAAUUUACGUUCAGAAUCAAAGCUGAGAGGAACUGCAGCCAGUGAAAUUCCAGCCUCUCACCCUCAUUUCACAAUUGAGCUCAGAACAAAAGGAAAAAUGCAGUUCAACAGGAGACAUUUCCUUCAGGAGACUGUUGCCUUUUCGGAGUAGCCAAAGUUCUCCAGACCUGAGCCUUAUCUCAGCAAAUCAGACACCAUGGUAGUGCAAAGCUAUUCCACUUACAUUAGCAGUCAGCUUCUCUAUAUGAUGUUAAACAAAUCAAUUUACUAGAAGAAACAGAUGUUUUUCUCAUACUAUGCCAAGGCAUUAGUGAGAUCAGGUACUACUUUUACACUCAGAAGGAACAGCAAAUUCAGGCUGAUUCACAAGAACUUGAUAUGUCAAGUUCCCAACAGAAAUCUGUUGAGAGCUGGGUAUUUAUUUCCCCACUGCAUGUACUGUCCCUUUUGACACAACAUUCACACUUUUAAUUAUAGUUUUAUCUGUAGCAUUAACCAAGACAAGCUGUAGGCAUCUAGAAAUUUUCUUGUAUAAAAGGAUUAAACAACACAUAGUUUUGUAGAUGUCUUCUUUACUAAAAAUAAUCACAUUUCCCACAGGGACACUCCAACUCUGCUCAAUUCUCUAGUCUUCAGAACACUUACAUUCUCCAGAGUCAUACAGUAGCUUCUACAACUCAUCUUGAGGCUCAUGGCAUGUUAUUCUGUCAUAAAAUGAUUGUUAUUCUGUCAUGAAGUGAUUUUAACUUUUUAAAAUAAAGAAAUCUUGAAUUAAUUUGUUUUCCUCUUUUUCCCUAAGGAGCAGGUCAGGAAGUGUGGGAAAGGCAAAAGAACAGGGGAAGUGGGCAAGAGAGGUGGAAUUAAGAGAUUAUACAGACUGAUAGCCAGUACGACUUUUUCUUCUUCCAAUGAUGUAAGAUACAAAGACAAGAAUGAUAAGGAAUCCCAGUGCCAUGCCCACUGCGAUGGGAAUAAGAAAGUUCAGGUCAGAAUCAGCAAUGCAUUCUUCAGCUGCAGAAAGAAGAAAAACAAAAAACAAAAGCAAGGGAGAAUAAAUUAGUAAGGGAAAUCAAGCCUUAGAGACCAAAGAAAGCAAGGAGAAAACAGGCAUUUUUGAGAAAAUAUACAUUGUAUUAGAUACAAUAACACAUGUCAAGUAAAAUCAAUGUUGAGUAAAGAAUUGAUGGAAAGAUUGAUUUUUUUAAACCCAUUUACUACACACAUCCUUUAUAUUGGUAAUAUACUUCCUCUGAUUUGUACAUUUAAGUUGCACAUUUAAUUUCAGCUUCCUCUAGCAAGCAGAGGAUAGAUUAGAAAAGUUAGGAGAAACCAGCAGUCUGAGCAUGCAUUAGCUGAUCACACCUCAGAGUUAGCGGCAAUAGAGCACAAAACCCCCACACUGGUGUUUUACUGCCUUGUCCAAGGGUCUUCCCAGCCCUCGAGCCACCAGUACUCCUCUGGGUUCUAGACAUGAAGACAUAAGGGACAAUCCAAGCAACAAAGCAGAAACUUCCUAAGACCUACAAGAGACAGCCAAGAUAAAUGCACCUCCAAGCACUGCAUGGAAAACACUGACAGACUCUGUUAGGGUGGGUAACUUUAUUGUAAUUGCUAAUAACCCAUGCAAAACGGUUAUUAGCUUCAGCUGAGAACUACACAGACCUGAGAUCCACAUCAGAGGGAAAAAAGAGAAGAGACAUCUAUAACGCUACAGUGGUUUUCAAUAUACAGGUUGUAAAACGUGCAAGGAGCUCGUUGCUGGUAAAAACACUCAUCAGUGAUUAGCAAACCAUGCUGGGAACUGGUUUCAAAUUUGGGGGCAGGGCUUGGCAUCACAAUCUGUUUGUAAGGAGAGCAGAACUGCACCUGCCUGUGCCAGGAGAGGUUUGGUAAGGCAGGAGGCCGUGCCUGGGUUCUCCAGCACUGGAACAGUGCCUGACUUACAUGUGUUUCAUAAAGCAGCACUCCUUGUAAAACUGUUUUGAGAUUUUAAUUAGGAUAGAGCAUCAUACAGAGUCAAUGCUUCCUCAAAAGUUGGCUGCUGUUUUCCAUCGAAUCAACAUUAAUUAUGGGGAAAGUAUUGUCUUGCUUUAGCUUAUUACUGCUCAGCACACCCUUGCCAUGGCCCCUUCUCGAAAUACCAUACAAAGUGAAGAGCAAGGACAACACGUGGAGGCUCAACAGCCAAGAACACUGAACUCAGAGAAUCUGAAGGCACCUACUGCCAAGACAAGUAACACUUGGAAAGAAAAAAAACAAAAGGAAAGGAACUAUGCACCUUAUACAGCUAUUUCAAAAUAUUCUGAGAAAAUAUUUCAACAUCUUCAAGAAAGAAAGACAUGCAUCUGAUGUUUAGUCAUCUUUGUUCACUAAAUACCAACACAGACAAUUUGCUAGAUGCAGGGUAAUGGGUCACUAAACACUAACGAUGAAUGGAUUUGCUAAGGAUGAAAGUUCCCAGCAGGCAGUGACAGAAAUUCCCUCUUCUUCAAAGGAAGGAGACGGCUGCAGUUCACAUCACACUAUGGCACCGUUAUAGGGAAUUCCCAGGGUGAAAAAGGGGUUAAGGUUUCAUACCAGAAUAUUCCAUCCUUGCUGGCACACAUCUAUCCAGGUAUGGCUACUGUACAGUGGUUAGAAGCUUCAGAGGUAUCUUCAAGUGCAGAAUUGGCAGCUACAGCCCAACACACAGCAGGGCCAGCAGGAAUACCUUUUUCGACUGAUGUGGCUGAAUGUGUCUCCAUUCAAGAAAGUCAGAAAUUUUUGGCCCAAAACUUUUUUAGCCCAGUAUAAAAGCUGCCUUCUCUUUUUUAAUUCCAAUAAUGAGAUUCAACUAAUAGCCCCAAAGUUUGUGUUUUAUUAACAUAUGCUAAGGAAUAGAGAACACUGUGGUAAAUAAAGAUUUAAAAACCGGCCAAAAUAAGGAACAAAUGAACAAAUAAAAUGCUCUUCCAAAACCCAAAUCCCAUCAUUCACUGGAUAGAAAUGCUUCUUUUGAGGACUAUUAACAUAACAUUUUUAACUUCAAAUACCAGAAAUGUUGACA